UUUGGGGCAUAGUCUUGCUGGAACUUUACACAAAUGACAUCGUACGCUCUCUUGGGUUGGGUCCUGCUCGGGCUGCUGCUGCAGUUCGACUGUAUAUUGGCCUGGCAGGAUUACAAGGAUUAUAAGGUAUACGAGCUGCAGCCUCAUGACGAUAGUCAGCUGCAGCUGAUUCGAAAGUGGGCGCAGGAGCACCCCGAUUGGGAUUUGCUGGGAUCACGGCGCAGCCACAAUGACAAAGGAUUGCGAGUGCUGGUGGCGCCGAACCAAGCGGAAAGUUUGCUCAAGCAAUUGAGGGCACAUCGGAUAGAGCAUCAAUUGCUCUCAGAUGAUUUGUCCCUGUUGGUGAAGGCACAACGUGAGGACAAUCAACGCAACAAGGCGCGCUUCACGCUGCCUCUGAUCGAUGUCCUGGGCGCAUUUUAUACCCAUGCCGAAAUCAAUGAGUAUCUGGACAGUCUACCCCAACGGUAUCCGCAACGUGCACUGGUCAAGCACUUCGGCUGGAGCUACGAGCGUCGCCCAUUGAAGGUGUUGACCAUCACGAAUGGCGAUGGUCGAGCGAAUAAGCCGGUGAUCUUCAUCGAUGCUGCGAUGCACGCUCGCGAAUGGAUUGCACCCUCCUUCGCUCUGUAUAUCAUUCAACAGCUGUUAGAUAACUAUGCGGAGAAUGCGGAUCUGCUCAAGGACUACGACUGGGUGAUUAUGCCGGUGGUCAAUGCGGAUGGAUAUGAGUUCAGUCACACGGACUCGCGCUAUUGGCGCAAGACUCGCAAACCUACCUGGGAUCCCGAGAACAUUGGCACCGAUCUGAAUCGCAAUUUCGGCUAUAUGUGGGGCCUCGAGGACGGCGCUUCGCCGGAUCCUUCGAACGAGACCUACCAGGGCGAGCACGCCUUCGAUCAGCCCGAGUCGCAGGUGGUACGCGAUAUACUGCUGCACUAUAGCGACCGUUUGACCUUUUACCUUUCACUGCACUCGUAUGGCAACUACCUCCUGUUGCCCUGGGGCCACACAAGCUCUUUGCCACCAAAUUUUGAUGAAAUGAUGCAGGUAGCUGAUGCGGGUGCCAUGGCAAUACUUUAUGCAACGAAUGGCAUUUACAGUUAUGGCAGCGGCUACCAUUUGAUGUACGCGACCUCUGGUGAUUCCACAGACUAUGCUGUGGGCGUGGCCAAUGUAAGUGUGGCCAUUACCAUGGAAUUGCCAGCUGGCGGAUUUAUGGGCUUCGAUCCCUGGGUAUCGCACAUCGAGGACAUUGUGACCGAAAGUUGGGUGGGUGUGCGUGCCAUGGCCCUGGAGGUUAUCAAACUCUACCAAACCGAGGCGCAAACAAAUGUUAAUUAAUAAAAAUUAUUUUUCUAGAGAA